AUGCGUGCCGAGCGGCCUGCGCUGUCGAGCCCAAUUCAUCCGCAUGCACCCACCGCCGAGCCUCUGCCGUCGCAGGCCUCGCCUUGGCGACACACCUUCGACCCUCCAGCAGCGUUUGUAGCUCCAUUCAGACCGUCGCGUCCGAAGGCGUCCACUCUCUUUGCGUCAAGCACCCGAAACUUCGCCCUGGCGAGCGAGAAGGUAGUCCGCGGCGCCGCUUCAAACGCCCUGGCAGCCUCUCCUCGUUCGUCACAUCUGAACACUCCCCAGUCAGCAGGACAAGCCGCUUCUCGCCGGCCUCAAUCUACCUCCUCAUUCCUUCGCUCUGCCGCUGGACGAGGCGCCGCAGGGGAUUCGCAGAUGCGGUGGCGGUUUCGAGACUUCCCUGCGCCGCUGGUCAGCCUCCUGGAGGGCGACUGCGAUUUCGGGGUUGUGGCUCGAGAGGACGCAGCGGAGACAGCCGCCGGAAAGCGAUCCAGGCGCCGCGAAGCGCCAGUCCUCGUGGAGGUGGAGCUGCUUCCAGCCGCCCGGUCGCGCCGGUUCACCGGAGGCAGGAAGCGAGGUCCGCUGCAGCUGCCGGAGGACGCCGAGACGAGGGGAGCGUCUCGCGCGACGCCGCGCGGCAUAGGGAUGUUGGAGAUGAAGGUUCGAAAAGGCAAAGAAAUUCGCGAGCUGUCGACGCCAGAAAUCGAGCGCGAGAUUCUGUGGACGCGGCAGGAGAUUGCGCGUCUGGAGCUUCUGAAGCGUGCGUACAGCACCGAAUAUAAGCCACAUCUGCUGAAGGAGGCGCGGCAUUUGCUGGCGCAGCUGCUCACGAUUCGCUACGAGCGACACCUCGGGCUGCGCAAGGACAUCGACCCGUGGCAGCAAGGCCCUCUGGUGGCGUCGGGCGGGUCCUGUGCCUCCACAGCCACGGGCACAGGCGCAGAAGUCGAACAGAAACCAACCCCGCCCGCGGACGCGAGGAGUGCGCCUUCCCCCGCAGCUGCAGCCUCCAACGAGAACGCAGAGAAGACGCCGAAGGCGCAGAACUCUUCGCCUCCGGCGUCUCCUUCUCCUCGCGCGGCGGCGUCGGGCGCCCCUUCCUCGUCUUCGAAGGAGGGCGGCGCGGCGCCCGCGCAGACGAGAAGAGAGCAACAGAGCGAACCCCGCAAAGCACCAGCGCACGAACGCCCGGCAGAGAAAGCCGCGGAGCCGCGUAGGACCGAAACCGUGAGCAGCGACAAGGCCCCUGGCACGAAGGCAGUCCAGGGCGCUUCGCUCUCCAAGCUGACGACUCGGGAGACGCGCGAAACCGAUAAGGAGGAGACGAGCAAAGAGACGACCCGCGGCCGUCCCAAAGGGCGGAAGACCCUCGCCGACGGAGAUCCCCGCCCAGACACGAAGAGGGAAGUUGCGGCCUCCUCUCAGUCGCCUCGUGCACUGGUUUCCAGCGAGUCACCGGGCGAGCUGCACGGGCGACAGGGCGCCGAGGCACACGGAACGCCGCGCAGAGCGAAAGAAGAGAAGACAAAGUGCACCGAAAAAACGGCGAGCGUCGCGGUGGAGGCUGAGAAGUCCGCGGCAAAGGGGACUCAGACGCGGCGCGUCAAGCUCUCAGAAGGAGCGACGGCCAAGACUGUGAAGACGUCGAAGGCGGAUGAAGCAGCGAAGGAGGAGAAGAAAGCGACGCCGCAGGCUGGCGGGAGAGGAAGAAAGCACACACAGAGUGCGACGGCGGAGCCUGAGACUCUCGAGGCGUCGUCUCACCGAGCGCCAAAGGGUUCCUCGUCAGCGCUCAAGAGCCGCGGAGGCGGCGCUGAGGCAACCGCUCAUUCUUCCAAGCUUUCUGUGCCCCCCGUUGCGCCGCCAGGUCCCCUCCUCGCCUCUUAUUCGGCACCCGCCUCUUUCUUCUCUCUGCAGCCCGUGUCCGCUGCGAGGCCUCACUCGUCGUCGUCGCUUUCGCUCGCGCCUUCUCUCCCGACACCUUCUUCCUUCAAGGAGUUCGUCGCCUCGGAGUUCGCCCGGGCGGAGCAAAAUCCGGUCUCCUCCGUCUCCUCGUCGCGGCUCGCCAGCGACCGCCGCGGAGGCGUAGGCGCGAGGCCCGCUGGAGAGGACGGGGGACGGGUGUCUCUGAUGAAGGACGACCAAACCCCCCACGCCUCUGCGUCGGCCUCCAUGUCUUCUCUUUCUUCUAAAGGGACUUCGCAGAGGCGCUCGCCGCACGUAUCGGGCGAGGCGGCGGCACGCAACGCGAGACCAGCGUCGGCGCUCACGCUCUCGCUGUUCCCACGCGGCGGCGGGCCUGCCGCAAUUGACUUGCGGAGGGACGCCGCGGCGCAGAAACCUGCGAGCCUCCAGGGGAUUGAGCGGCUGUAA